AGGUUGAAACAGUUGCGUGGUUUGAAAUAGUGAAAGAUGCUUUUUCAGUUUUGACGGUUUUGACAACGCAUGUUCGCCCCUAGUUUAACCAUUUAAGCACUACGCUAUGAACACUUAAGGUGUAGUGGACGUGUAGAUCCACAGAUUCUUGAUCCCGGCAUUAGUUGGUGUUUUGGUUACACUGACAUGUGUGGGUCUCUGCAUGUCAUUUGUCAUGGGACACAGGAACAGAUGUUCCCCUUCCAAGGCCCCACCUCCAGGACGAGUUGACACAUCAAGUCAGUUGAGAGAAUUAAGAGCACGUCUGAAAGCAAUGGCUUUGGAUGCUUUCAUCAUCACCAGGGAUGAUGGACAUCAGAGUGAGAUUCCAGCAAAUCGGGAUCGCAGGUACACAUACAUUUCGGGCUUCUCAGGCAGUGAUGGAAUUGCUGUUAUUACUAGAGAAUGGGGAGCAGCGUUGUGGACUGAUGGCCGUUACUUCCUACAAGCUGAUAUACAACUGUCAUGUGAUUGGUUGCUGAUGCGUGUGGGUCAGCCUGGUGUGCCUCAUCUCAUAGAAUGGCUCGUAGAAGUACUGCCAGAGAAUUCAAAGAUCGGAGCAGAUCCAAAACUUGUACCUAACAGUGUGUGGAAUGCAUGGACUUCACAGAUUGGAGAUUCCAGCAACAGCCUAAUAGAAGUAUUUGAGAAUCCUGUUGAUAGAAUUUGGAAUUCUACUACUGGAAGACCACCAUAUUCAGAUCAUAAGGCCUAUGUAGUGCCUGAAAGAUUUUCAGGCAGAAAAUGGGAGGACAAGAUCAAAGACUUGAGAGCAAAACUUGAUGCAGAAGGAGCUAAUGCAGUAGUAGUUACAGCUCUGGAUGAGGUAGCAUGGCUACUCAAUAUACGAGGAUAUGAUAUUCCCAACAACCCCAUGGUGUAUGCCUAUGUUACCGUGACAACUAACUCUGUGAACCUGUACGUGAAUGAGAGCAAACUGAGUACAGACGUAAAGAUUCAUCUUAAAGCAUUGAGCUGCUAUUCUGAACACUGCACUCAGAUCCACAGUUAUGAUGCACUGAUUGGUGACUUAAAAACUAACCAGCAGAAGUGGAAGAAAGUUUUACUUCCUUCACGUUGUUAUAACUCACCAGGUGCCAGCCGAGCCAUUUACUCAGCGAUUCCUCCAAAGAAGCAAUUGGCUAUACCAUCUCCCAUCAUAUUCAUGAAAGCACGAAAGAAUCGCAUUGAAAUAGGUGGCAUGAGAGAAGCGCACAUCCGAGAUGCAGUAGCUCUUUGUGACUUUCUUGCCUACUUAGAAGAAGCAAUAGCUGCAGGCAAAGAAUGGAAUGAGCUACAAGUUGCACAGGAGGUAGACCAGUUUCGCCGAGAACAAAAUCUUUCAAGAGGUCCCAGUUUCCCUACAAUAGCAGGCUUUGGUCCCAAUGGAGCAUCUCCUCACUACUCACCAUUUGAGAGUAGCAACUUGCUCAAAAUUGAUGGUAGCAGCACAUUGGUCUUGGAUUCUGGUGGACAUUAUUUAGAUGGUACAACAGAUGUGACACGUACUAUUCACCUAGGAACACCAACAGAUUUUGAACGUGAAGCAUACACACGUGUUUUGAUGGGUUCCAUCCAGCUGGCAUCACUUGUGUUUCCUUUUGAUGUUCCAAUGAAUAGUAUCGAUGUUCUGGCCCGUGGCCCAUUGUGGGAGGCUGGGUUAAAUUAUCUCCAUGCAACUGGUCAUGGUGUUGGGGCUUUCCUAACGGUACAUGAAGCGCCCAUUACUAUUGCAUAUACUAUGGGGAAUUUGACUUUCCAGGAAGGAUAUUUCUUCUCAGAUGAGCCUGGCUAUUAUCAUGAAGGACAUUUUGGUGUUCGACUUGAGAAUGUUUUAGAAGUUGUGAAGAAGAAAACUAAGCACAACUUUGAUGGCCAAUACUUUGGUUUUGUACCUGUAACAUAUGUUCCAUACGAACCAAAACUAAUAAAUGUGAAGAUGUUGAGUCCACAGCAUCGUAAAUGGCUGAAUGACUACAAUACAAAAAUACGGACGUUGGUAGGAGCGGAGCUCAAGCGGCAGCAUCGUUUGAAAGGUUUCUAUUGGAUGAUGGACAAGACAGGCUACAUUCCAGAACAUGAUUCCAGCAGUUCCAGUGGAAGUAUCAGUGUGACUGCCCUGCUACUGACAGCAAUGCAGUUUGUAGCAUUUUCCAGAAGAGGUCUUUAGUUUCCAUGGUUUAAUGUCUCUAUAUUUGUUGUCUUAUUGAUUUAAAUUCCAGAAUUACUCAGUGUAUACAGUGUUAGAAUGUCUUUUCUGGCAUCAGAUUAAGAUAUUAUUUCUGCAAAGUUGAUCUUACUUCUGUGAACCACAACUGGUAGGGGAAUGGAAAGAGAAAAGCGUAGGAUUUGAAGUUCUUAUAGUGGUGGCUAUGAAGAAUUCUGUGUUCUGUGGUACAACAGUGUGUAGUCUGUUGAAAGUCUACUGACGUUUCAGAGGAACAUGUUGCCCCCAUCUUCAGGAUCUCUGCAAGCUCUGUUUGCUGCAUUCUUCAUGCUGGUUUCUUGCUUAGCUUAUUCUUUGAUCCUCAAGAUGGAGGUGACAUGCUCCUCCAAAAUGUCAGUUGACAUUCUACGGACUGCAUGGCAUUAUAGCCCGGAAGGUAGAACUCUUCAGAUAGAAAAGUAUUUGAGAAUUUUUAAAUCUUACCAGAAAUGUAUUUGGAGUAAAUUACAAUCAAUGUUAAAUGUCAACCUUAUCUAUAUAUUUAGCAGUUAUAUCCUCAUUUUGAUUGUAUUGUUCUCUGUGUAUAAUAUUUUUGUGGAAAAUUAUCUAUUUUAUAUUUAUGUUUUAGGGAAUAUAUUGAUAGAUACAAGUUUCCAUGAUCAAUAAUGGUUAUGAAUUGUACACACGUUAUUGCCAAAUAAGUUUGAUGACCUGUGAUAUCAAGAAAAUUCACAGUAGUGCGCAACAUUUUCAGGCCUAGCUAAAAUGAAAUGUAAGUAAUAGCCACAAAUAAUUAUCUGUUACAGUUCAUACGAUGCUAAUCAAAAGUAAAUAUCUUGUUAGAUAAAAUGAUGACUUCAUAUGCUACUGAAACUCUAUUAGUCUCAUCACCAUUUUGAGCUUAGGUGCAUCAGUUAAAAUGUACACAUCUUAAAUCACCAAACUCAUGCCUAGCCUUGUAGCAGCAUAAUGUGACCAGAAACGUCUUAAGAGCAUUGUUUCCUUUUUUAUGAAAGGCCCCAUUGUUCUAACAAAUUAGAAAUAGUACAUUCAGAAAUCUAUUUUAGAGUUCCAAAAGAAAAAAAUUCCAUCUUUGGAACUUAUUAGUGAAUGAUGAGUGUCUUAUCAGUCUCUAAUUCAACUAUGAAUAUCAGUAUUAGAGAUACUAGUCAGUAUAGUUGCAUGAAACUCGGUAUGAACAUCUUAACGUGAGCUAACUUUGCAGCUUCAUAUGCAGUCCUUCAACUUCCUAUCUUCAAUAGAUUUGUGAGAUGGGAGCAACACUAGUAUCAUUCAGUGCAUAACACCACCAGCAACCAGCGAAGGGUCAGAAAUUUAGUGUUCAGCUUUUAUUAGGAUAAUUCGUUUUCAGAAAUGUGGGAAAUGACAACUGGACAGUUAUGUAAAUACCAUGUAAGAUUUGAGGUUUACCCGGUGGUGACUAAUUCGCUUAGUGGGGGUGGAGUUCGACUGGGUCUGCUUGGC